AUGGCGGAGCUGCUGCGGGCGGCGUCCACCUCUUGCCUGGCCGGCUUGGAAGAGGAGCUGACUUGCUCCGUCUGCCUGUGCCUCUUCGAGAGCCCGGUGACGACGCCGUGCGGCCACAACUUCUGCCUGCCUUGCCUGGAGAUGACCUGGGGGGACGGGGCGAGCAGCUUCAGCUGCCCCCAGUGCAGGAGCGCCUUCGACAGCCGGCCGGAGCUGAAGAAGAACACGGUGCUCUGCAAGGUGGUGGAGCAGCUCCAGGCCACCCAAGGGAGCAACGAGGAGGAGGAGGAGGUGGAGGGGAAGGGCUGGGGCGGGAGCAGGCCCCCCAGAGUGGCCUGCGACAGUUGCCUGGCGGCGGAGGCGGCCAAGACCUGCCUCACCUGCAUGGCCUCCUUCUGCCAGGAGCACCUCAAGCCUCACCUGGACAGCCCAGCCUUCCAGGGCCACCACCUGUGCCCGCCCAUGAAGGACCUGCAGCAGAGGAAAUGCCCGGCCCAUAACAAGCUGCUGGAGUUCUACUGCAAGGAACACACCGCCAGCAUCUGCUGCAUCUGCCUGGUCAAGCACAAGAUGUGCACCGCCGUCCCUAUGCAAGAGGCCAAGGGGGGCAAGGAGUCUCAGUUGAAGAACAGACUGACCGAACUCUAUACUCUAAAUGAGAAGGCUUCACAGUCCUUGGACCAAGUUCGGGUGCAGCAAAAACAAAUCAGUGAGAUAGCUGCACGCAAAAUGGAUUUGUUGAGGGCAGAGUUCCAAGAAAUGAUAGCACUAAUCAAAGAAGAAGAAAAAGCAGCAAUGAGCAAGGUUGUAGCAGAGGAGAAAAGAGUUCAAGAUAAGUUUGAUUAUGUCUACACCAUCCUGGGCCGGAAGAAAAAGGAAAUUCAGGGGGAGAGAGACCAGAUUGAAAUGGUCUUGACUGAAGAUGAUGACAUUACAUUUUUAAAGAAGGCAGCUAAACUGCGGCAGUCCUCUAUCAAAGAUGUAUUCAUCCCCAGGAUAGAUUUGGAUCAAAACUUGAUACAUACGGUUUAUCAAAAAACCUUUGGCAUUAAAGAAACUGUGAAGCAGCUUGUGGCUCAGUCCCAGGAGAAGAAAACAGAAGGAAACAUACCCUGGAAACCCAAGCCGAUAAGCUCAACUGUGCAACCUGGGAAAAACCCUUCCACACAACCAGCAAAAAAGAACACUCUGUCAAAUGCCUCAAAAGACUCUUCUAAGUCUUCGCAGGAGUCAAAUGCAGAGGAUGCUGCAAACACCAAGCAGAGAAGGCGACCUGCUAAACGCACACCCAGUCCUUCCCAGAGAACACGAAGUUCCAGCAGGCCUCAACCUGGGACUCCAGUGGGAAGCCUGGAAUCCUUUUUAACCAAAUCAAGAGAGGAGCUCCUUGAAUUUGCCACAAGAUUCACUUUGGAUUACCAUUCAGCACAUAACAAGGUGAUUCUGACUGAGCAAAACACCAAAAUGUCUGUGUCGGAUGCCCCCCGGAAUUACCCCCCGCACCCUCAACGCUUCAUGUACUGCUCCCAAGUGCAAGCUUUCCAGUGUUUCAAGAGAGGGAUCCAUUACUGGGAGGUAGAGCUGGAGCGCAACAACUUCUGUGGUGUUGGGAUCUGCUAUGGGAGCAUGGCGAGGCAGGGGGCCGAAAGCCGCCUUGGGCGCAACAGCAGCUCGUGGUGCAUCGAAUGGUUCAAUGCCCGGAUCUCUGCUUGGCACAACGAUAUUGAGAAGUGCCUGCCCAACACCAAAGUGAAGAAGAUUGGGGUCCUGUUGAAUUAUGAGGGUGGCUUUGUGAUUUUCUUUGGUGUCGGUGAGAAAAUCAACGUCCUCUACAAAUUCAAAGCACAGUUUACCGAAGCCCUCUAUCCUGCGUUUUGGGUGUUCUCCAGCGGAACCACCAUCUCGCUGUGUCAGUUGAACUGA